GUUCGUGUAAUUGUGUCUUAUGCCAUAGUUGUUGUUUCGUAUCAAUCACCCACCAGGGAAAAAAUAAAAACCCCUCAAAUCGCAGUUUCUAGAAAAUACCACACACUUUCUCCUCUUCCUCUUCUUUCUCCAUACUCCCGAGAUAUUUCUGCUUGCAACAACACAUUCUCACGACACUUCUUCCUCACUGUCUCAGCCUUCUCUCACCGUAAAAACAGAGCAAAAGGAAGAACAAAAAAUAGUAAUUAAGUGUGUUGAUUGAGUCUCAAGGUGAAAGGGUCGUCACCGUCACCGUCACCGUGUUGUGUUGUGUUGUCCUUCCUUAAAAGCCUUUUGAGUUUCCUUCAACGCUUUCUUUAUUUAACAGCGAGUUAAAUCCGCCAUUGUUUAUGUAACGUUUUAAACAGUCUUCAGCGGAAGGUGUAAAGUCACUCUAUCCACUUCAUAAUUCACAAUCCACUGCUGCCAGAUUCACACUUCCUAAAUUUCUCUCUCUUUCUUUUCUUUUCUCUUUUCUCUUUUUUAAUGUUUAUUUCUGAAAACAGAGGGAGGUUGAAGUUUUAAGGAAAACAUCGAGACAGUGAGAUUGAGUUUUUUGCGGCAAAAAUUUGGUGUUAACAGCGCCAAAAUUACAAACCUUUUCACUCUUUUUUUUCCCUCUCUUUUAUUUUAUUUUAUUUUCAGGUUGCUGACACAAAAAACAAACUGAACCAAAAAAAAAAAAACUCUGUAUCUUCUGUCUAUGCUCUUUCUCUAACUCCAUAACCAACCAUAUCACGAUUCUUGAAAAGAAGAAAGAGUCAAUGCAAUCUGAGAAGUCUAACCUUGACUUCUUCCUCCGGUGUACCACACCAGUUGUACAAUCUCAGCUUCUUCCAAACACGGAGAUAAGGAAGUUGAACAGGUUAUGGCAUCCAUGGGAGAGAGAAGCAGUGGAGUAUUUCACUUUGGCUGAUCUAUGGAAUUCUUUUGAUGAAUGGAGUGCUUAUGGUGCUGGAGUUCCCAUAACGCUUCCCAAUGGAGAAACACUUGCUCAGUACUAUGUCCCUUACCUCUCUGCAAUUCAGAUUUUCACCAGCAACACUUUCAGGGAAGAAGCUGAAUCUGGUGACUGUGAGACAAGAGACUCAUACAGCGAUUCGUACAGUGAGGAGAGCGAGAGCGAUAAGCUAUGGAGGUGGGAUGGAACCUCAUCAGAAGAGGGAGGAUUUGAACAUGAUAAUAGCCUCUCGAAUUUGAAUGAUAGGUUGGGUCACCUCUAUGUUCAAUAUUUUGAAAGAUCAGCACCAUAUGGAAGAGUUCCUCUCAUGGAUAAGAUUACUGGGUUAGCAGAAAGAUACCCAGGGUUGAUGUCACUAAGAAGUGUGGAUCUUUCACCAGCAAGUUGGAUGGCAGUUGCAUGGUACCCUAUAUAUCAUAUCCCCAUGGGGAGGACAAUUAAAGAUCUUUCUACAUGCUUCCUCACUUACCACACACUUUCUUCAUCAUUUCAAGACAUGGACCUUGAUGAUGAUCCAGAGGGAGCCCACUCAAAGAGAAAGCAAGGGGAAGGCAUAACACUGCCACCGUUUGGUUUAGCCACGUACAAGAUGCAAGGAAACUUGUGGGUCUCAGGGCAUUAUGGUAGGGACCAAGAAAAACUGGUUUCACUAUUCAGCGUGGCUGAUUCAUGGUUGAAGCAACUUAGGGUCCAGCAUCAUGACUUCAAUUACUUCACUGGCAUUAGGCAUUAGCCUUUCAUGCCUUGAACAAAAAAUGCAUGGGGGGAUUAGUUGACCUUGUUUUGGACCAUUAAUUGCACCUUUAAUUUCCUUUUAAUUUAUAGUUUGUUAUAACUUAUAACCCCUCUUGGAGAGCCUUUGUCUUCGUUUUUUAAAGGGCUAGACGCCUAGACCUUUUGUGAGAGAUUUGCAUAGAAAAAGUAACUAAUGAAGUUUGACUUUGUAGCAUGUUGUGCUAAGAGGUUCCUUUGUAUUGUACAUAAGAGAGUUUGUUGAGGAGGGUCAUGUAGAGAGUGAGACUUGUGUAGAUUGUGUAAUCAAGUUGAUGUUGACCCUGAUGGUUAAUGCAAGUAAUGUAGUGGAUUAUUGUGGAGAAUUUAAUGUGCAAGUGCUACCCUUCUAUUGGA